AUGCUCCGCCUCCUCGUCCUCGCCCUCGCUGGCGCCGCCGCGCUCGCCGCGCCGUGGCGCUUCACGUCGACCGAGGCCUACUGCAGCUACCACUGCAGCCCGUACACGCUGUCGCCGGCCACCGACUGCGCUGCCCGCUGCAGCACCAGUCGGCUUCUCAAAGAAGGCAGUGGGCCUGUGCCUGUCGCGCCCAUUGACUUUAUCACGUGCCAGCGCGCCAACCUCAGCGUCUCGCUCACGCUAAGCGACGAUGGCCUCUCGUUCGCAUCGUUCCUAAACGACUUUCAGACCGCCGUCGACGCCAUGGUCGGCGGCGAAAACCCCGUGCUAGGGGCGUGCCACUUGGCGUCGCUGUCGCCGACCAACGCCAGCACAGACCCAACGAGCCUCGUGCCCACGCUCGUCCAGAUCGAGCGCUGCGCGACCGAGGUCGCAUGCGUGCCCCAAAUCCAAGCGGUGCUCGACCGCGCCGACCCGUUCCUUCGCCUCCUCAGCCGCAGCAACGGCAACGACUCUGGCAGCACGCUGGUGCUCGUGCAUGCCAACGCGUCGACCGCCAACGCGCUCCACCAACUCAAUUGCACCCAGCGCGUCCUGCCGCUGCCACCGCUCAUGAAGCUGACGCCGUUUGCGCGCAGCGUCAGCGCAGUUGUAUCCGAAGCGCCGCCGAUGGAGAUUGGAUUCCUCGGUCCCGUGAGCGACGACACGAUCGCGCAACUCAACGCGGGUCUGCGGCAGCUCACCGGCAUCAUCUCGGACGACCUGCUCACGCGGCACUCGCCCAAGAGCCUCUACGUGCCGUCGCUCAGUAAUUUCAAGGUCUGGUCGAACGUGGUAACGUAUCUCAGUCGCCAGGACGCAGUCGUCUUUGUCACUGCGUUUGCGCCGACGCGCCACUUUUCCGAGCCCAUGCCGCCCAUCUUGCGCCGUCUCGAUGCCCAAGCCGACAUUGUCGUUGGCGUCACCGAGGCCCAGAGCUACGGCAUUUCGGGCAACGACAUCACCGUGGGCAUCACUGAUACCGGACUCUACUUGGACCAUGACCAGUUUGACCAGCCCGGCGCGAGGCCGUUUGGGCGAAUUGUCUCGACCAACCGCAAGGUCGUCUCAUACGAAGCGUUUGGCGACCAGUUUGAUCAAUCCGAAAACAUCACGUGCGGCCAUGGCACCCACGUCUCGGGCAUCCUACUCGGUAGCUCGCUGAGCAAAUCGCAGCCCAACCUUGGCGUGGCCUUCAACGCCAAAGUGGCCUUUAUGGACAUUGGGACGCAGAGCUCGCGGUGCGCCAACCUCCCGAACGUCAACUGCCCCGUGAGCCUCCAGACGCCGUCGGACGUCUCGGACUUGCUCCGCAACCAAGUGCGCGCAGGCGCCAAGAUUUUUUCCUUCUCGUGGGGCACCGACGGCGACGACUACAGCCAACAAGCGCGGGAUCUCGACGACUAUAUUUUCUCCAACCCCGAAACACUGAUUGUGAUUGCGGCCGGCAACUCGGGCGACGAAGGUCCGCGCUCGAUCAGCUCGCCAGCCGGCGCCAAGAACGUGCUCAGCGUUGGCGCGUCCAUGAACACGGUGGCCAGCUUGGCCUCGACGCUCAACUGCCCGAACAUCUUCAACCCCAACAGCGUCGCGUCCUUUUCCUCGAUCGGCCCCACAUCGGACGGUCGCAUGAAGCCGGACCUCGUGGCGCCCGGCCAAGUGAUCACGUCGUCCCAGAGCCUCGCCGCCGGCUUGACGACCAAGACGACGCAAGUCUGCCCGCUCCAAGGCACGUCCCAGGCGACACCUGUCGCUGCCGGCGUCGCAGUCCUCAUCUACGAGUGGCUCCGCGACGGCUGGUGGAAGGCCGGGACCCGCGACGUCUCGAACGGCCUCAAGACGAUUCCGGCCUCGCUCAUCAAGGCGCUCAUGAUCCAUAGCGCGACGGGCUUGAAGAAUCGCAUCGGGCCGCUCCGGGGUCUCGUGACGUGCUCGUUUGUGCAGCAGACGGCGACGCCGCUGGCGUACCCCGACUUUAACCAAGGCUACGGGCUCCCGCAGCUCUCCAAUAUCGCGUCGUUUGGCGCGUCCGCCACGCCCAAAGUGUUUUUCCUGCCGAACUCUACCAUGAGCGCACCCACGCUGCGCCACGGCGGGCUGCACACGUACAGCUUCACCGUGCUGCCGGGGCAGUCGCUUCGCGUCACGCUCGUGUGGACCGACCCGCCGGGCUCGAUGGCCGCCACGACGCAGCUGCAGAACAACCUCGACCUCUCGGUGGUGCUCGGCACCACGAUCUUUUACCCGAUCGCUUCGCCCAACGGUCCCGACACGGUCAACAAUGUCGAAGUGGUGGAUGUGUCGUACGCGGCGCUGGCCAAAGUAUCGUCGGGCGCCUCGGGCGGCAUCAGUGUCGAAGCGCGCAUCGCUGGCACGUCCGUGCUCGUGACCAACGCGCAGGCGUACUCGCUCGUCGCGUCAUCGUCCGCCGUCGCGUCCAACAUGCCGAGUGGCACGGCGCCCACGUCGGGCGCAACGGCACCCAACGGUGACGGCCAGCCGUCAUCGUCCUCGUCGUCCUCGUCCGCGGCGGGCUUUGAGUGGAAGACGUGGAUGACGAUCGCGGUGACGGUGGUGGGUGUCGUGAUUGUCGGCCUCCUCGGUGCCCUCUUGCGCCGCCGGAAGGCGCCCGCCUCUGGCUUUGUGCAGACGGUGACGCCCCGCCAAAUGGCAAGGUACCCGGCGGCUCCUGUCCGCAUGCAGCCGGAACGAUGUCCGUUCUGUCCAUUCGUGACACCCGACCCCGCCGUGCUCGUGAGCCACGUGCAGUACGUGCACCCCGAGGUGUAAAAGCCGCUGCAUUUCUUUUGCUUUCAAAAGCCUUGUCGCAACAUAAAAUAAUAUAUAAACCCAUAUAUAAACCUAGUACAUGGAC